AGCAGAUAAUUCCUCUUACAUGAGCUUCAAGCUAGCUCACAUGCUGCCUACACCAGUGCUGCUUGAUCUACAUGAUGUAUACAGGUCCGUUUAGUACGUCACAAUGCCUGGGUUCGAGCCUCUAGAUUGAACAUGCAGCCUGCACCCUCACUCCGGCGCUCAAGCAAGGCAGGGCCGCCAAAGACGCCCUGCUUUUGCUUAAACCACCCAGUGUAGGUUUGCAGGACAACUCCUACCUUGCCUGUCUUGCGCGACAUGCCACAAUGAUGGGUAAUUAUGUGUCAGGGCACUCGCGCAGCUGCAGGCUGAUCACCAAGCCUACGGUACAGAGGAAAACGUCCCUCGAAAUGCUAACAGACCCAAUCAAGAAAAAGCACCUCAAGAGGAAUCAGGUGCUGCCACACUCCGAGACUGUGCCACAGACCGGUGUCUGCUGCGCUAGUGGGACACUCACACUCACAUUCAAUUUCAAUUCAGCUCUUGAACAUCGAAAAGUCAUUCGAAUUUGCCGCAUGGCUGCUCGAGCAGGCACACUCACAUAAACCCAUGCCCCUUCCCUGGGAGGAGCAUCGACUGCACCUUGAGAAUCAAAAGAAAAACAAAGAGAAUUGCACCAAUACCAAGAAAGUCUGCAUCAGCAGUCUUGCUUGAAUCUCCCCUGCCGAAGCCCUGUCUCCUUCAGCUGAACCAAGUGACAAAGCCUUUCCAUGCUCAGACCCAACAAUUAAUGGAAAUGUAAUAGAGAUC